AUGAUUUCAUAUCAUCUUGUAAAUGAAUCUAUUAGGACUGAAGAUGUUAUUGUUGAUGAAACUAAUAAAAGAUAUAUCUUCAAGUAUCCAUGUACAUCAAAUAGUGAAUGUACAGAUUAUUUUGUUAGUUUACCUGCAGGUGUGUACAAAUUUGAGUUGUAUGGUGCCUCAGGAGGAGCAACUGAAGGAAAAGUUUCGACUUUCAUUGAUUCGAAUGGAAAUUGCACGAGUCAAGAGAUUGUAACUGCAUUCGGCGGAAACACAGAAUGCAAGAAAAAGAAUAGUCGAGGAGGCUCUGGCGGUUAUAUCUCAGGAACAAUAAUACUUUCUAAGCGAACAACCACUUUUUUUACAAUCGGCGGUCGCGGAAUCUAUACAUACAAAAUUACAGAGGAACAAACAGAGCGAUGCUAUAUCCAAGAAAAUAUGGUUGCUGGAGGAUAUGGCGGUGGCGGAUACGCAGCUAAUUGGUAUCGAAAUGAAGUUGAUAAUGGCUCAGGGAGCGGAGGCGGCCAAACAUGUGUCAAAUUUGAGAAGAACGAUCUCUGGCAUCGCGUUAUUGUAAGCGGCGGCGGUGGUGGCUCAGACAAUAGUGCUAGCGUGAAUACUGAGUUUCGAGGUCCAGAUGAUGGCUCAGGAGGUUCAGGAGGAGGAAUUAUUUCGCAAGGUUAUUGGGUAGAUGGAAAAUAUAAUGGCGAAAGAUUGGCAAAUUCUUCUUUUGGCUUCAGUUUUGGAUAUGGAGAAUCUGCACGACAAUAUUCAUCAUUACAUGAGCACGGUGUUAAAUCUGCGGAUGGUACAAGUGACCGUCCAGGUGCAGGAGCUGGUUGGUUUGGCGGUUUUGCAGGAUUGAAUAGAAAUGGAGGUUCAGGAGGAGGAAGUUCAUGGGCACUAACUAAAGCAUUAGAUUACCCCAGUGGAAAUAUCACAGUCUACGAUAGUUUUUAUAAAAAUAUUGGUAGUCAACCAUAUGCAUUCAACUCUAGUGAUGGUUAUUUCUUCAAUGAUAUUCGAAACUAUGCUGGUAUUUGGGAAGGCAACGGACAACUCAUUUUAACAAUUCUCGACACUUUGAAAUGUCCCACUUUCUAUUCAUCAUAUAUCCCUUCUUCAAUAUUAUUCACUUUUAUCAUUUUAGGAUUAAACUAA